UUUUUUUUUUUUUUUUUUUUUCACAAUAAUUGAAAGGAAAGUUCAUAUUUUUAUUCUAAUGAAGAAUCACAGGCAAAGAAAUGGAGAGAUAUGGGCAUUUGAGAAUGGUCAAAAUGAAGAAUUAGAAGCUCAUGAUCAUUAUGAAAAUGGAGAAGAUGGUUAUGACGGUGUCGUUUUGGGUUUGGAUGGUGGAACCACCUCCACUGUCUGUGUAUGCAUGCCUUUCCUUCCUUUCUCUGAAACCCUUUCUACCUCUCCUCCUAUUCUUGCUCGUGCAGUUGCUGGUUGCUCCAAUCAUAACAGCACAGGGGAAUCUUCUGCCAGGGAUACAUUAGAAGAUGUCAUGGCCGAGGCCCUAUCAAAGGCUGGUUCAAGUAGAUCUGCUGUUCGUGCCGUUUGCUUGGGCAUUUCUGGUGUUAACCAUCCAACGGACCAAGAAAGGGUUCUGAGUUGGCUAAGGAAAAUAUUCCCUGGCCAUGUGAAGUUGUAUGUCCAUAACGAUGCCUUAGCUGCUCUGGCAAGUGGGACCAUGGGAAAGCUUCACGGCUGUGUAUUAAUUGCUGGUACGGGGUGCAUUUCUUAUGGGAUAGCUCAAGAUGGAAGAGAAGCUCGGGCUUCUGGUGCAGGGCCUGUCUUAGGUGAUUGGGGAAG